GUUCAUUUUUUUGCUCACUGUUUAUAAAACAAAACUUUAUCACCCGUUCCUCGAAACAAUGUCGCGUUGGGUCGCUGUGGAGAACAACGAGAAGUAUGGCGUCGCCAUCUACAACUUCCAGGCGAAUGGCCCUGCGCAGCUCUCGCUGGACGUCGGCCAGCCGGUGCAAAUCUUCGAAAAGUGCGGCGCUUGGUACCGCGGCAGCUUUUACGGGUGCGAGCUGGGCGAGAAGUGCAUCUUCCCGACGUCGUACAUCCAGAUCAAGGAGUGCGUCGUUGAGGUCGAGGACAACGGCUUUGGCGACGUCCAGUCCGUCAUUGCGAAGGAGGAUCCGCUCGCUCGCGAGGCUGCCGAUGUUCUCCGCGUGUGGGGUACCCAUCUCCCCACUCUCUUCUUGCAAAGGCAAACGGAAAACUUCUUUGCCCUCAAAAAGGCCAUGCUCGACCUGCUGAUUGCUCGCCGCCAGCUGCAAUCGGGCACCCUGCCCCAGGACCAAAUCCGCGAUAUUCGCCUCAAGAUGGGCCAGAAGAUUGACUCUGGCAACCGUCGCCUCAACCUCGAUCUGGUGCCGCGCUCGGCGACUGGCGAGGCUGUCGAGGCCGGAGACGACAAGACGAGUGUGGUCGAACUGUACCGCAUGCAUCGCCGCACGAUGGAGUCGCUGGUCAACCAGAACGACAUUCCGUGGACGUACGCUCUGCCAACCCGCGGAGGCGGUCUUGCUUUUGGAGGCAACUUUGGUGGCCACGACGUGGGUGCCCCGCCCGGCUCGCCGCUUGCGUCCGGCUCGAGCUCAACCAGCAUGCCGCUCUCUGGCGCAUCCAGUCCGUUCGGCACCCUGACGCCUACGGGCACCCUUGCCAACAUGGGCUCUCCGAUCAAGGAUCCGGUGAGCUCCUUGUCCAUGGGCGGUGGGUCGCCCGCCAUCCCUGGCUCGCCUCUGGCGACUUCGCAGUCGCUGGCGGCAGGCAACUCGACCUCCCUCCUCCUUCCCCCGCGCCGCACCGCCACCGUCCAUCACCUGUUGUUUGAGCUCAAGAACUUUGUCUGCCCCGUCCUCGAGGAGACGGAGGUGUUCUUCUCGCUGUACAAUGCCACGACCGGCUCCUUCCUGACCGAGGACUACUUUACGCGCCUGAACAAGUCUGGCAUGCCCAACGACAUCAACCUGAUCAACAACAUGAAGACGCUCUUCAUGGACCUGAGCAACAAGGACUUGGACUCGACCGUCUACCUGGUGUGCCGCGUCCUGCGUGUCGGCAAGAUGCUCGUCGACGACAAGGACUCCAAGAAGGGCAACCCGCUCAAGGUGCGUCGUCCGUACGGUGGCGCCGUCCUCGACAUUACCGACAUUCUCAAUCGCCGCACCGCGGACGACGAGGACAAGGAGCACACGCUCAUGGUCUACCAGUGCGCGGACAAUGACUUUUCCAACCUGCACGACAUGCUCAUCCGUCGCUCGGGCAAGUUUGAGCUUAUUCCCCGCGCGAAGGGCAUCUAUGUCACCAUGAAGCUUCUCUCCGGUGAGAUUGAGCAAGUGAAAAAGGACCAGGCCAUCGCUUCCCGCGACUCUAGCCAGUUCACCAAGAAGCUGGGCUUCCCCGACGUCAUCUACCCAGGUGAUUUGCGCAACGAUCUCUACGUGACGCUGGUGCACGGCGACUUCCAGCAGGGCCGCAAGUCUGCCCCCAAGAACGUCGAGGUGGCCAUCAGCGUCCACCUGGACGGCGGCGAGAUUCUUCGCAACUGCAUUGCCGCUGGGUCGGGCGAUCCGCUGAUCAAUGACGAGUUCCAGUCGGUUGUCUUUUACCACACCAACACGCCUCGCUGGAGCGAGACCAUCCGUCUGCACGUGCCAAUCGACCAGUUCAAGCGCGCCCACCUCAAGUUCUACUUCCGCCACAUGUCGUCUGGCGAAACGAAGGAUCGCAGCGAAAAGACGUUCGGCUUCUCGUGGCUGCCCUUGGUCUCGCUGGACCACACCACCAUUGCCGAUGGCCCGCAUGUGCUGGACAUUUACAAGCACGAAAAGCGGCACGACGACGCCCGCAUCUACCUCAAGGAGGAUUCGCACACCAACAGCACCCCGAGCGCUCCCAGCAACUCUGCCGACCCGAACGCGCUCGCCAAGUCUCCCAAGGAAACCUUCACCAUCCGCACGCUCCUGUGCUCCACCAAGCUGACGCAGAACUCGGCUCUGCUCGCGCUGCUCAAGUGGCGUGACAACGAACCCGAGAUUCUCAACACGCUCAAGCGCAUCACGUUCGUUGGCGGUGACGAAAUUGUCAAGUUCCUCCAGGACAUUUUCGACGCCCUGUUUGCCAUUCUGGACAAGAGCCCCGAAAAGUACGGCCCGCUGGUCUUUGACGCGCUCGUCUUUAUCAUUGGCAUCCUCGCCGACAAAAAGUACUCCAACUUCCAUUCUGUGCUCGACGUCUACAUCCAAAACCACUUUAGCGCAGCCAUGGCCCACGUCACGCUGCUCAACUGUCUGGCGUCGAUUCUGAAACGCGCCGACGAUCCGCAGACAGGCCAGCAGCUCCGUGCGACAAUGAAGGCGCUCGAGUACUUUUUGCGCUUCCUCAUCCAGUCGCGUUUGCUGUACUCGCGUGCGCACCACCAAAAGGGCGACAAGGAGUUUUUGCAAGAGCUGCGCCAGGUGAUUGAGUACUUCAACCCGCUGAUGAGCAAGAAGGCUCCCGAGUCCAUCAUUGGCACGCAGACAACCGUUCUGCAAUACUUCCCGGCCGUCAUCAAGGAGCUCAUGACCGUGUACAAAAUGCCCGAGCUUGCGCCGAUGGUGGCUGGAUUUAUCGAGAGCAUUCCCAUGGACAAGGCCAAGUCCAAGCUCAUUGUGCACAAGCUGCAGUUCAUGAGUCAGCUGGUGCAAGGCGCCUUGUUCCAGUCGGCCGAAGGCCGCUUCUUGCUGCUGCCCACCGUCCUGAAGCAUGUCAAGCUUCAUCUGGAGAACCGCGAGGACUUGCCCAUCUGCGUCGAACUCGUCUGCGCCGUGCUCUCAACCACCGGCCACCACAAGCUGCCGGAAGACAUUGACGCUGCCAUGUCGCUUUUGCGUCCGAUUCUGAAUGCCUGCUCUCGCACGCCUCCCAAUGAGGCUGGCGCGGGCGAGAUUGUCGCCUGUCUCCUGUCCAUUCUGCACAUGAUGCCGGCCGAGCAGUUUGAGAGCUAUCACGACACGAUGGAUGAAGUCGAGCUUGCCGACUUUUUGAACGAAAUGUUUGCCUGCUUCCUCGUGUUUACGACGGCCAACAUUUACCCGCGCGACUGGGCUGUCAUGGGUUUGCUGCAAAACUACGUCAUCCUCAAGGCCAUCGAGUUGCUGGCAGCCCGUGCGCUUGAAAACCACUUCCUUGUGGGCAACAAGUUCAAGCGCCAGCUCUGGAACGACUUUUUGCGUCUCAACCUGACCUUUAUCACGCAGGACGUGCUCCAGCUCGAAAAGCUGCCCGAGACGCGCCGCAGCAAGAUUCUGAUCAAAUACAGCGAUAUGCGCGUGCAGUCGGCCGUGGUCAUGAAGGAGCUGUGGGACAAGCUCGGCCCGCUCAAAAUCCAGUUUGUUCCUGCGUUGGUCGGUCCCCUGCUGGAGACGACCCUCAUCCCGGUGCCCGAGCUGCGUGAAAUUUCCCUGUUUAUGCUGGCCGACAUGGCGAAGGUUGAGUAUGCCGCCCGCGGCGUCAUUCGUCAGACCGAAAGCGAGACGAUCGACCGUCUGGACGAGCUCGUUGGCGAGGGCAAGGGCGAUGUCUCGUACAUUGGCGACAUUACCAACAUGCUCACGCUGCACCUGACCAAGCCGAACGCUGGCGAUCCAGACACUGGGCGGCCCCCAUUCAAGCCGGACGCAAAGCUGGCCGAGUACGGCGCGCAGUUUGCCUCCACCAUCCAGAGCCUGCUGGAACUUUUGCUGCGCUAUCGCACGCUGGGCAAUCACGACGAAAACCGCGACGAACGCGCGUCCGUCAUGCACGACCUGCUCUUGUUCUUUGAAGGCAUUCAUCGCGAGGACAACUACUAUCGCUACGUCGACCGCUUGCGUGACCUGCAUGUGCAAAACAACAACUUUACCGAAGCAGGCUUUGCCCUCGGUCUAUAUGGAAACCACCUGCAGUGGAGCGACGUCAAGCUGCCCGCGCAGGGCAACGGCAAGUAUCCUGCCCAGACAAUGCGCGAGCGCAAGGCGGCCGUCUACAAUGAAAUCAUUGGCUACUUUGACAAGGGCAAGGACUGGGAGGUUGCCAUUCAACACUGCAAGAUUCUGGCGGUGCAGCUGGAGACGGAGCUCUUUGACUACACCAAGAUGAGUGAGAUUCUGCAGCGCGAAGCUCGUUUCUUCAACCAGAUUGUGUCUCAGCCGCGCUACCAUUCCGAGUACUUCCGCGUCGGCUACUACGGCAAGGGUUUCCCCGUUGCGAUUCGGAACCGCGAGUUUGUGUAUCGCGGUGACGAGCUGGAACGCAUUGCUGCGUUCGUGGAACGCAUUCAGGCGCAGUAUCCUGAAGCACAGAUGGUCAAGAACAAUGCUCCGGUGGACGAGAAGACUCAGAACGACGAGGGCCAGCACAUUCAAAUUGUCAAGGUCGAUCCUACCCCGCCGCCCAAGGACUUCAAGGGUCGCAAAGUUGCAGAGGGUAUCGAGAGGUACUAUGCUCUCAACGAUGUGAACACGUUCACGUUCGCACGGCCCUUCCGCAAGGGUGCCAAGAGUGGCAAUGAAUUUGCUGAUUUGUGGACGGAAAAGACAACGCUUGUCCUGGCCGCGUCUCUGCCGAACGUUCUGCGCCGUUCCCAAGUCAUCGAAUCAAAGCGGAGCGAGAUCUCGCCCAUCGAAAAUGCGCUGGAUGCAAUGUCGAGCAAGAACAAGGAGCUCAUCGCAAUGGUUGAAAAGUACGAGGCCGGCCAGGGUGGCAACGUCAGCCCGUUCACGAUGGCGCUCAACGGCAUCAUCGAUGCCGCCGUCAACGGCGGUACCGAAAUGUACAAGAAGGCCUUCUUUGUCAAGAGCUACAUUGCCAGCUAUCCCGAGCACGCCGAGUUUGUGCGCCAGCUCAAAAUCUCCCUGGAUGAGCAGAUGGACAUUGUGCAGCGAGGCUUGACGCUGCAUGCCCGCAUUGUGUCGGAGGAGAUGCGUGCGCUGCAUUCCAAGAUGGAGACCUUCUUCACCGAUCUCAAAAAGAAGCAUGCCAUGCCCUUCGACGAAACCGAGUCCGGUGUUGCGACUCCGUCCGUCAGCAGCCCGUCAGUGUCUGCAGUCUCCAGUGCCCCCGCAUCGCCGCCAGAGCAGCGCAAGGCCACGUUGGUUCGCACCGAGUCGAGCACCCGUACUCACGCCGUGACACCGAUCUCGGCCGCCGAUGCCGAUGUCGCUGAUCAUCCCGCAGCUCGCCUGCCCGAAAUCCCCGUCAAGCCCCUGCGUCCUGCGCGCUCUGUGGAUGUGCCCGACGCCGCCACGCCGCCGCUGCCUCACCGUCCCGUGCUUCGCUCUGUUUCAGACACCUCUUCCUCGGCUGGUCCCGAGAGCCCCGAUCGCCCAGCGAAGCCUGCAAAGCCGCUUCCUGGCGCUCGCUCUGUGCUCCCUCCUCCCCUUCCUCGUUAACGUUCGAUGGGGGUUUGCAAAAUUGGUGUUUGCUCGUGUAAUUUCUUUGUUAUUCUUUUGCUGCUGCUGUACCAGCAAAACAAAAUUGAGCAACUCAAACCAAAAUCAUGGAGGUCGACAAUAAUACCAUCACUGUGCCAUG